GGGGGGGUGCUGCGCCCGUUGGGCCAGCUGCGAGUCACCCCCGGGGUCCCUGGGAGACCUGUACUGGGUCCAUACGAGGGACCGGCGACAAGGACCCGUUCCAAGCAUGGGUGGCAAGGAACUCUGAAAUCUUGGCAUCACCUGAGUUACUAGUGUCAUCAAAUUAACCAAAUUUCCACCGCAAGCAGGAUCAUGGAUCAGGACCUGGAUGAGGAUUUACUCGAUUCCGAAGAACGUGAUAGUGAUGUCGUAAUUGUGAGGGACAAGAAUCGAGUGGCCGAUGUGGAGAAGGAUGGAGUGGCCGACGAGGCGUCGGCGAACACAGGGAAGGCCAGAGGACGCUCGAUGGGCCAGUUUUGGCACUACUUCACCGAUGAUCCGGAACCGGACAAGUUGAAGAGUGCCGUCUGCAAAUAUUGUCGUACCAGAUUACACCAUCACAAGAAGAGUGAGCAGGCGAUGAGGCACCUGAAUGCAUGCGCCGCUUUUCGGAGGGAAAUGAAUGGCACCGAGAUAGAUGAUCGUCCCGAGUGGUAUGCGUCGAAUAAGAAGCGGGCGAAGGCAAGAGGCAGCUCAACUCCAUCUACAUCGAAUGCUUCGUCCAUGAAGCAAGGAUUGCUCAAAGAUCACCUAAUACCCAAGCUCAAUGAGCGAACGAAGGAGAAGUUCAAGCAGGCCAUAGCAAUGCAUUACUUUGUCUUGGGCACAUCGUUCCAGCAGGUCGAGGAGGAGAACCUAAUGAUCGCUGUGAAGGCACUUUGCCCAGAUGCAGUGCUGCCGAACAGGAAGAGGCUGGCCGGACUUUUGCUCGACAGGGCGUAUAUCGACAUGAAGAAGAAGCAGUUCAAUCUUGAUUUGAAGCUUUCGUUACUGCAGGAAUCCAUACUCUUUGUUUGGUUCUUUCGCUAAA